UAACGUUUGGCUUGGACGCUUGAAUCGUUUUGCUGGCUUACCACCAAACCAAUGCUUUACAUUGGGCGGAACUGGCUGAUCUCAGAGCUUUUUAUUGCUCACUUUGCCUCCGCUCAUGGCUUCGCUCUCCACUCUCCUCAAACCCAUCUCAGAAAGUUCGUAUCUUCGUGCACAAGUAUCUCAUUAUUUGCCGAAUUCGUCUCUCUCCUCGCGAAAAAUCUCAUUUUCGGGAACUGGGUCUGGGCGUUUUCAGCUUGGGAUUGUUGUCAGGAGUUCCAAUCGAGACGAAACUAUAGUUGUGUCUACCCAACAAUCUGAUGUUCCACUUUUGUCUUGUUCAGAGGCUAUUGAAAGGCUAAAAAUUAACCGUGAAAAGUUCAAAGGCAAGCAGCAAUUCCCGGCCAUGUACUCUAGCAUUUUUGGUGGAAUUACCACAGAUCCCUCAGCUAUGGUGAUCCCUUUGGAUGACCACAUGGUCCAUAGAGGCCAUGGUGUCUUUGACACUGCAGCAAUUAUGGAUGGGUUAGUGAUUAUAGCCUCACAAAAGGGCUCUCUCCUUUUGGUUUCCGGCACCCCUCGUCAAUCCUCUGGCUCCCUCUUGGUGUUCUCUUGGCUUCUCGGUGCUGUCAUUCUCGUCGCCACUCUCUUAUGCACGUCGUGGUCUCUUAGUUUGCCGCUCGCCUCUGUUUCUCCUUCUUCGGUGUCGUCUCAGUUCUCCACCGUCUCGUGUCUUCUUCUUCGGCGUCGUCUUUGCAUUCGUUGUCAUUGUGGUCUGUUCGUGGUCUCUUGGUUCGUUGUCUCCUUCUCCGACGUCGUCUCUGUUUCUCCGGUGUCGUCUCCGUUCGUCGUCUCUGCACUUGUUGUGGUCGUGGUCUCGCGGACUCUGUUGUUGCCACUCUCCGUUGUCAGCCGUCUUGGUCUCGUGUCCUUCUUGAUUCUCUAG